CCUUGGAUUUCCAUUUAAUCAUUUGCUUAUAAUUAAGACAAAUAUUCCAAUUCAUUCCCAAAAGGUAUCCUCACGCUUAUACACAGGUGGACAAGCCCAACCGAGACACCUCGCCAACUAUUUCCAUUUCAAAAAAUUUUCCCGUUAAUCUGAGUUCAUCCAUCAUGUACUCUCAAUCACUUUUAGCAUAUUCAAUCACUAAUCCAAUCAAUACAUCUCCUCAUACCAAACCAUCAUCAUCAAUUAAAUCAAAUUUAUCUUCAACUCCAAUUGUAUUACCCCCACUCACCUCGCUAUAUGCACACCCGGACCGGCCAGUUUUACAUCCUCCAACAAAUAAUUUCAUCACCAGAAAUGUUCCAAAAUUAUCACAAUCUUCCUCAUCUUUGAAUUUGAAUCCUUUUACAAGUUGUAAUAAUUAUACAUCUUCUUAUACAUCAUCAUUAGUGGCUGGUCCACAAAGUGUGAGUUCUUCUUCUUCUUCAUCUUCUUUAUCCGAGUCACAUGCAGGAACACCAGAAAAUACAGGAACAACACAGCACACAGGAGUAUCUCAAGGUACAGGAUUAUCACCACAUGCAAACCAUCAUCAUCACCAUCACACUUCAUCCUCCUCCUCAAUUCAACUUACAGAAAAAAAUCUUGUUAAUAAUAAUUAUUAUAAUGGUAUUCCUUCACCUCCAAAAUCUUCAGUUUCUUCAUCAAUUGGUUCAAUAUCUCCAGUUUCUCUGCCUUCAUUAAUGAGAAUGAAAGAUUCUUCAAUAAAUUUGGUGGAGGCCAAUCCGGCACACAAAGAUACUCCUGCACAAACCACCUCUUCCACAUUAGGCAACUCAAACCACGACACCACUUUGGUUGCAAAAAAGAAAAGAAGACAAAGAUCAGGACCUUCAUGUGAUUCAUGUAGACAAAGAAAAGUUAAAUGUGAUGCAGAAAUUAGAGUAAUAUCAACUGAUUCUACCCAAUUUCAUGAUUUAUGUGAAAUGGAAUUUCAUCUUUCUCAAGAAGAAAUUUCAAAUCUUAUCACCAAUGGGAAACCAUACUCUUUGGGGAAUAUGAAUCAAUUGAUUGUACAAAAUCAGAAACUUGUCAAGUUUAAGUCUUGUAAAUCUUGUGAGAAUAAGCAAUUAUCAUGUUGUUUCUCUAAAGGUUUCACCAAGGAGGAUAUAAUCUUUUUGGCCAAGAGACACGACUCCUCGUCCUCCUCCAACAGCUCUAACAACUCCUCCUCUACUGUUUCCACCCCUUCCAUUCUUUCCAAGGGUGGAGACUCUGGCAAGGUUAGCAAGCCAUCCACAAACACCACCCAUCAAGUCAAAAUUGUCCCAGCAAUCGCUGAGCUUUUGGAAUGUGCUGCACUCAUCCAAAACAAUGAAAAGACCCGUAAGUCAUCAAAACCCGUCAAGGAUCUGUCGGACUCUUCUAACCGUAAGUCCUCGUGCAAUCUCUGCAGACAGCGCAAGGUCAAGUGUAUCUUCAACGAAGAGCUUGGCAUGUGCGAGGGAUGCCACAGAAAGAACAAGGUGUGUUCCUUUGACAGCUAAGGGACCUUCAAAAGGAGAACGUUCUACCUCUCCAUUGCAUAUGUAAUUGUAUACCUAAUACCUAUAAUACCG